CCAGCCCAAAGACAGGCCCCUGCUCUGCGCUGCACGACUAGCUGAAAGGAGUUCAAGCAACAAGAGAGAGACGCCCAUUUGGCGAUAAGGCAAUCCGCAAUCGGCAACUAGCUCUGCCACCUCUGCAAGCGACAAAGGGAAGACCGUCGACCGACGAAGCCUCGAUCGCCGCCAGGCCCGCCACCGCGCCCCCGCGCCCGUAGCCUCGCACCGUCGCACGGCUCGCUACCUGGCUGUGCCUGAGUGCCUGAGUCGCUGUCUCCGUAUCUCGCACUCUAGCUGAAGACUGAAGUGCCUUUCCCCCUGGUACUGGAACUUUUCUUUUAUUGUCCAAUUAUUAUUCUACUCAGAGCUGAUGGACCGACCGCCUCAUGAUUAUGCCGCUGCUAUGGCGUUUGCCCAACAUCAUCACCCACCGGCUAAUCUGCAACAACAACAGUUUGGCUUCCCUCCACAACAUCAAGCAUUUCCUCCAUUUUUACCCCCACAACAACAGUUUCCUUACCAUCGCCCACCACAACUCCAUCCUCAUGCCCCACCUCCUCACCUUCUUCACCUACAGCAGCAGCAACAGCAUCAUUCUACCCCUACCCCUCCAUUUCCACCACAUGUUCCUCCUCACCUUGCUGCAUCACCCUUCCAUGGCCCUUAUGAUUCUCCUCCGCCACCUGCCCCCCCACCACAUGAUCCUGAUCUCCUUAAGCGUAUUGAUAAACUGAUAGAGUAUGCUGUAAAGAACGGUCCUGAGUUUGAAGCCAUGAUCCGCGAAAAGCAGCAAGACAAUCCCGCUUAUGGUUUCCUAUUUGGAGGUGAAGGACAUCAUUACUACCGUUUCAAGCUUUGGAUGUCUGCACGACCGCCUGGUGGCGCUUUUAAUUUCCCUUUUCCGCCUUCUUCGAUGCAAAUGAUGCAUCCUCCGAACCCGAUGAUGAGCCCAUCACCUUUAACUGCUCCACAGUACAAUGCUUCACCAGCAUCCGUUCUGGGCCCACCUCAUUUACAUCAGCCCACUUUCACACCCUCAUAUGAUCAGCAACACCCUCAAUCUUUUGGACGUCCUGAUUAUGAUAAUAACUCAUAUAGGUCUUACAAAGGUCUAUCUAGACCUCUUCCGCCUGAUAUUGAAAUGGAGCUGAAUAACGUUCUGAGCAAUCUUGCUGGCACUAAAGAGUCGAUCAAAGGUGCCAAGAAUUGGUUUAUGCAGAGGUCUCCGUUAAUACAUACUUUGGCUGAAGCUCUUAGAGAUAGGGUUCUUUCUCUGGAUGAUUCAGAAAGGCAACUGCAUAUUAUUUACCUUGCUAAUGACAUUUUGUUUGACAGCUUGCAACGACGAAUUAAUCCUCAUGAGCUUGACAAUGAGGCCCUUGCAUUUAAACCUGUUUUGGCUUCUAUGCUGGCAAGGGUAUACCAUAAUCCUCAGAAUAAGGAAGAAAACCAGUCACGGUUACAAAAAAUUGUGCAGUUUUGGGGCUCAAAAGAAGUUUUUGAUCAGGAAACAAUUCAUGCAUUUGAAAAUGAGAUGACCGGUGGCCCACCUCCAAACUCUUUUGGAGUUCCUCAACGUGACUCAUCAACUCUUGCUCCUGAUCUCUCUGCAGUUACAGGCGGGACAGAUCAAAGUGCAGUACAGUGGAAGCCCGAUGUGCAAAGUCCACUCCUAAGUUUACAAGAUCAAGACAAACAUGCUCCUCAUAUCCCCCCCAUGGCUACCCAACAGUAUCAUGCUACUCCUGUUCCUCUUGCAUUUCCCAGUUCUAUCCCCUUGCCAUCUUCUCUUCCACCAUCAGUUCUCCCACCGCCAAACAUACCACCAAAUGUGGGGGAGAAGUUACCCACGUAUCCCUUGUUCCCUCCCGGUCUUAUCCCUGGGAUGGUUAGAAAAAUGCAGAUAGGCAGUGGGGUUCCUUACUCCCCUUUAAGCCCUUUGGAUAUCCCAACCGUUAUACCACCCUCGACCAUCUCUCAGUCUGAAAUCCUUGAAAGGGUGUCAAAAUUCUUCAGAGAGAUUGACGAGGUUAACCCAUCAGAAGGACCCAUGAAUCCAUCCGAUGGAUAUGAUGAUUAUGAGAGAGAGCCUCCAACCCGUAAAGGAGGGGCAUGUAUUCCACCCCCUCCUGAUCUCCAGAAUCUUGAUGUUCUAAGUUUGGAACCCGAGCCAAAUAGAUCAGCCCGACCAGGACUUGGUGCUGAACCAGACGAGGCAAGUCAAUAUGGUGAUGUUUACAGUUCUUACAGGAAUGAAAGGAGCACUAACUAUCAUUCAUCAAUGAGUGCAAAAGCUCCUUCCAUCAGAUGUCACUGUAUCGGAAAAUGUGUCAUUGUGUCGUUGGAAAAUUUUUGGGCGACUUUCAAGAUCAACAUUUUCACUAGAAACCAUCACCCUGUCGCAUCGACAUCGCCUCCAUCGCGUGAGAUCGUUGAUACGUUCGUAAUUUUCAUGUUUAUGUUUGUAUUUUUAAUUAGCUUUGAUUGAUUUCUACCUUGGAAAUUACACACUUUUGGUGUAAUAGUUUAGUUUGUUAAAUACUUGUAAAUUGUUUAGAUUAGGUUUAUUCUGAGCUAAAACAAGUCUAUGAUCACUCAAAGGACAGUUGGUGAACCCCAAAAGUGGAAGGAAAGUGCAAAAUCACAAGACAGAAUGAAGAUCCUGAUUUUUUUGUCUAUACCCGGUCGGGUAUGACUUAUACUCGAUCGGGUAACUUGUUGAAAUUUCAAACCGGACCGGAUCUGAAGACAAAGGAACAUGCAGGGGAGAUUUUGACCACGAUCAAGUGUCUAUACUCGAUCGGGUACACCGACACACUCGAUCAGGUAUACCUUCUGAUGGAGUAUAUGGGUCUAGACUCCAGGACCCACAUACUCAGAAGAAUAAGAGGCACAGCUGUCACCCAGUGGGGCCUUCGUCGGCCAGAUGGCCCUCCAUCGGCUAGAAAGAUAUCAACUCAGAACAUGGUCCAAAAGCCAGCAGAAUCGGGUGUCCCCGUCGGUCGGGUCUCCGUCGGCCAUGGCUCCGUUGGCCAAACCCUCAUCGGCCACGGAGAGUUCCUAGAAUCGGACUUCACACUUAGUUACUUUUACAUAUUUUGUACUCAGUCCAAUAGUGGCCCAAUUGUAAAUGGGCCUCCCAAGCUCAAGACUUGGGAGCCUAGCCCUAAUUUCCUCUAUAAGUACUCCUCCUAAGAAUAGUUGUAGGGGUUCACAAAUCAUUAAUAUCAAGCAUUUAUACCACUUCUCUCUCUA